AUGCACUUCACAGCCUUCCAACUCGCGCUGGCCGCCGCCCUCUUCUCAACGGCAACUAUCGCGGCGCCGGCGCCCAUGUCCUUCAUCCCCACCAAAGUCAGCAUCGUCGAGCCGGGCAAGGCGUUCCAGCCCCGAGCUCCGGUGCCUGCUCCCGAGGCUACGGGUGGAGCAGCAGGUGAUCUCUCCUCCCUCCUAGGCGGCCAGACAGGCGGGACAGCCAGCGACACAGGCGGCCUGGACCAACUCCUAGGCGGUCUCACCGGUGGGACCGCAGCAGGAGACGCAACACCCACAGGCGGUCUGGACCAGCUCCUCGGCAGCCUUACCGGUGGCGGUGCCGCGGCAGCGACACCUACUGGGAAUGCUGCGGCGGGAGGCGCAGAUGGGUUGAGCCAGUUGCUUGGUGGUUUGGGUGGAGCAAGACGGAAUCGUCGACAAGUGCCUGCUGUGUCGGCGGUAACGGAUGAUGAGGAGGAAGAUGAAGAGGCGUUUACGCCUGCUGUUCCUGGAGCUCCUGCUGCAACUACAGAGCGGGAGGAUGACGACUAA